GAGGCCACUCGACUAUAUAAAUAGGGAUUCGCAGGCUUCAACAUUCAUCAACAUUCCGACCUUCAGAAGUGCCCUACGGCCACCACUUCAACCUCCGCCGCAGCAAUGGAAACGCUAUCAUGGACAUCCUUUGCCGCCGCAUGGCUGGCGACGGCAGCUCUCCUCCUUCUCUCAACACAUCUCCGCCGCCGCCGCAAGAUCAACCUGCCGCCAGGUCCCAGGCCGUGGCCCAUCAUCGGCAACCUCAACCUCAUCGGAUCACUCCCGCACCGCUCAAUCCACAACCUGUCGCAGAAGUACGGCCACAUCAUGCAUCUCCGCUUCGGCUCCUUCCCCGUUGUCGUCGGCUCCUCCGUGGAGAUGGCCAAGGUCUUCCUCAAAACCAUGGACGUUACCUUCGCUUGCCGCCCCAAAACGGCAGCCGGAAAAUACACCACCUACAACUACUCCGACAUCACGUGGUCGCCGUACGGGGCUUACUGGCGGCAAGCUCGGAGAAUGUGCCUGAUGGAGCUGUUUAGCGCGAAGCGGCUCGAAUCGUUCGAGUACAUUCGGGUGGAAGAGCUGACCUCUUUGCUGAAGGAGCUGUACAAGUGUUCCGGCAAGCCCAUCUUGCUGAAGGACCAAAUGUCGACGGUAAGCCUGAACGUGAUCAGCCGGAUGGUGCUAGGGAAGAGGUACCUGGACCAGGAGGAGGAGUCGCCGGUGACGCCUGAGGAGUUCAAGAAGAUGCUGGACGAGCUGUUCUUGCUGAACGGCGUGUUCAACAUCGGAGACUCGAUCCCUUGGAUCGAUUUCCUGGACUUGCAGGGGUACGUGAAGAGGAUGAAGGCUUUGGCGAAGAAGUUCGAUGUGUUCUUGGAGCAUGUACUGGACGAACACAACGACAGGAGACAAGCGGAGGGGGAGAACUUCGUGGCCAGGGACAUGGUCGACGUUCUUCUGCAACUCGCCGAUGACCCCAAUAACGAGGUCAAGCUAGAAAGGCAUGGAGUCAAGGCUUUUACCCAGGACCUACUCGCCGGUGGAACCGAGAGCUCGGCCGUGACCACAGAAUGGGCAAUCUCCGAGAUAAUAAAGAGACCAGAGGUUUUUGACAAGGCAGUCGAAGAGUUGGACCGAGUCAUCGGUAGAGAUAGAUGGGUCGAAGAGAAAGACAUCCCGAAGCUGCCUUACAUAGAGGCUAUUGUCAAAGAGACGAUGAGAAUGCACCCUGUAGCACCGAUGUUGGUCCCUCGGUUCUCUCGCGAGGAUUGCCAGGUGGCCGGCUACGACAUUCCCAAGGGAACUCGAGUGCUCGUCAAUGUCUGGACAAUCGGAAGGGACCCUUCGUUGUGGGAUGAGCCGGAGGAGUUUCGACCGGAGCGGUUCAUCGGAAAGGCAAUCGACGUCAAGGGGCAAGAUUACGAAUUGCUGCCAUUUGGGUCCGGGCGCAGGAUGUGCCCUGGAUACAGUCUCGGUUUGAAGGUGAUCCAGGCCAGCUUGGCCAAUCUUCUCCAUGGAUUUACAUGGAGUUUGCCCGACAACACGAAGCUAGGUGAUCUAAACAUGGAGGAAACAUUUGGACUCUCCACACCUAAGAAGAUCCCUCUGGUUGCACUGGUCCAGCCUAGGCUUUCCCCAGAACUUUACAAGUAAUCUCUGAAUAUGGUCUUCUGGUUUUGUAUGUCUCAAUAAGUAUUACCAUUACAAAGGAACUUGUGUGUAACAGGGUUACCAAUUAAAACUAGUUUUAAUCUAUCUGUAUUAGUCGCCA